GCGAACAGCUUCGGGAACGGUCGUGCCCACAGUUCCAUCGAGAGUUGUGUUUACGGUUCCGCGAUUGCAGCAACGAUUGAGUGUGUUAGAGCGGACAGGGACAGCGCGCGAUGCUGGCCCUCCCAACGUUUAGACAAACACGGAUAUAUCGACAUGGGGACUGAUUCCAAUGGUGCGGGCUCCGCGGGCUGGUGCUUGCCGCAGAACAGCGAGCUGUGCUUCCUGGCGCCUCAGCCGCCCGCGCCGCACUCGGGAACCUCACGCUAUUCUCAUCUGUUCGGCGCUAUCCAGACAGGCCAGAACGCUGGUCGGCGUCCUGUACUGAAACCAGGCAAGUCGGUGAACAGUAAGGACCCGCUCGAAGACAAGAAAGAUGACAGUGACCUGUGGGAGGCGCAAGCUGCCUUCCUCGGCCCGACGCUGUGGGACAAGACGCUGCCCUAUGACCCCGAUCUCAAGGUACAAGAAUAUGCGGACCUAGACGAGUUCCUGUCGGAGAAUGGCAUGUCGGGCGAGGGCCUGGGCGGCGCGCACCUGGGCGGCUCGGCGUUCGGCCCCGCGCUGGGCCUGCAGGCGCCGGUCACAAAGCGCGAGCGCUCGCCCUCGCCCUCCGACUGCAUGAGCCCCGACACCAUCAACCCGCCGCUCUCACCCGCCGACUCUACGUUCUCGAUGGCGUCAUCGGGACGUGACUUCGAUCCCCGGACGCGUGCUUUCUCCGAUGAGGAGCUAAAGCCGCAGCCGAUGAUCAAGAAGUCCCGGAAACAGGUAAAUGAUUUCGUGCCCGAUGACCUGAAAGACGACAAGUACUGGGCGCGUCGGCGGAAGAACAACAUGGCGGCGAAGCGAUCCCGCGACGCGCGCCGCAUGAAGGAGAACCAGAUCGCGAUGCGGGCAGGAUAUCUUGAGAAAGAGAAUAUGGGCUUGAGGCAAGAGGUGGAGCUACUUAAGAAGGAAAAUCACAUCCUGCGAGAGAAGCUCUCGAAGUACGCGGAUGUAUAGGCGGCCCGCGCCCCUCCUCCACCACCCGCAUAGCACAAACACGCCACACGACACGUCGCGGGCGCUCGCCAGCGCACGCGCUCCCGGCGCCGCCGGUCGGGCAGCCCCGCGCCCCGCGCCCCGCGCCGCCCGCGCCCCACCUGCUGCUCGUUCAUUUCCCCAGUGGGCUGCUCUGGUCGUAAGCUCAUCGAAUGCUGCGGGAUCGCCGCGACCAUCUCUCUCCAUCAGCUGUCGUCCAUGUUAACACGUUAAGAACGAUUGUGUAGCUAUUCGAUGAUCUCGUCGAUCAACUCUGUAACUUGUUCGACUAGUAGGUUUAAUUGAUACUGCAGUUACCGUAAGUUUAUCUACUUAGUUUAAUAGGAGAAUCUUAACCAAAGUUCCGUUCGAGCUCUGAUCUAUCGUCGUCUCUAAUUCCUUCACUCGGAUUCAGUCCGACACUCAACAGGGUUAGUCAACGACGUACGGACCAAAUUUAUGAAAAAUUGUAAUUUUUUGAACGGUAUUUGUGAGCCGUCCCGAGCGUGCGCCGGGCCCGUCCGCGGCGCUGUCCGACCGAGUGCGGACUAUUGUAAUAAGUUAAUGUUGUUGAAUAUUUAUGUAUACCGGCCACGGCGGCGGUCGCGUGUUUGCUCAAGUGGCUCGCGUACGCAUGCGCAAGUGUAGUGGCUGCGUCUGUAUAUAGAUAGUUUUAAUAGGGCCCCGAGCCGGCCCCGGGCACUCGAACCUACUCGAAAUCUGUAUUAUAAACAUUGCUGUUGUAAACUCUGACCUUGUCCGUCCCUCACCUCCAAACGUUGUACAACCCGCGGUGCGCCGCUCCUGGCGACGUGUCCGGGGCCCGCGCCCCGCGCCCCCCGCGCCCCGCCGCGCCCGCGCCGGGCGGGGCGCGGGCCGCUCGCGCUCGCGGGUCUCUCACUUCUAGCUCGCUUGUAGGACUGCUCCCGAUGAGAUUAGCUCCUGCCGGGGACGGGGUCGCUCCUCGUGCCCCUCAGUACCUUCUGUCGAUUCAGUAGUGAGCGAACACUAGUUUCGUUUCAAAUUUACUUAGUGAAUAGUUUAAGUAGUAUGUAGUUUCCGUAGCGUAGUUGUCAUUAGUCUAUUUUUGUUAUGGCUGUAGAUGUUAAUGUUUUUGAAAGUUUAUAUUUUUUUUAGUUGUAAAGAGACUCGCAUUAAUGUAUCGGUUGGGUAGAACCCACGGACAGGUUGUUUGAGCGGGAGCCUCGCGCGCCGCCGCGACUUACGCACUGACCACGUCACCUGGACGUUUCCCCCGCACUCUAUUUGACUCGUGCUAAUGUUAUAAUAUAUUUUUGUAGGUUUUUGUCGUUGAUAAAUAAGUCAAUUGAAUGUUUAUUGAAUUGAAAGAAAAUUAAUGUUUAUAAACUAAGACUAAGAAGUUGUUGCAUUUGAAAGUAUUUUAUGGAUACAAAGCGAGAACAAUAAAAUGUUUUUUCUAUAAAAGUUUACAUGUGAGGGUUUCUAUACAUAGGUGUGACGGUUGAACUUUGAAAUGCACUGUUUCAUAUCAAGCGAUGUUAUUGUAAUAAAACUUAAUAUUUAACGGCCGCGCCCCGCGGCAUUUGAUAUUCCAUCUUGUUUGUUAAAAAAUAUACAUUGAAUUUGCAAUAUUCUGUAUAAAUGGUACCUAUACAUACAUCAUAAUAUACUUGUUUCUCCGAAAUUGUAACAUGGAUAUAAUAAUGUAAUAAUAUUAAGGUAUCGUGAUAAGAUGGAGUCGUAUGUAAGAACACGCAUGGUGAGGACAGCCGAGCGCGCGGCGCCUCUGUGCUUCUUAUUAUUUAUUUAUUUUGUUAUGGUACGCGCCCUCGCUGAGAGGCUACUUGUUUGUUUUGGAAUUGUCUGCAACAACAUAAAACCAUAUUGUUUUUCAUGUACGAGUAGUAUUUUGUUUGAAGUUAAUUUAUAUAUGGUUCUAUGGAUUGAAAAUAAACGUUAAUUGUUGUAUUUAUAUUUAGUUUGAUUUGUGCGUGUGAGUGGCGUGCGAGUCGCGUGUAGUGGCGCAGUGGCACGCAUCACUCUACUACUCACGGCCUCUAGUGAUCGUAAUCAACCGCUCUGAUACGUUGUCUCCAUCGGUGUUUUAUGUACCUAAAUAAAUCGUCGAUAAAUUACCUUGCACA